UUGGACCAGGCAACGUAUUCUCUUGUUCGUAUCUUUCUACUUUUUGUCUGUGUUUCUAUUUCUAUUGCACUCACUUAUAAUAUUAUGAAGUUAUGGAUUCAUUGAAUUUCCAAUUUUUUGAACAAGGAUUAUCACAAAAGGAAACAAAAAAACCGAACUGUGCAAUUUGUGGCGAUGUUGGGGAUGGUCAUCACUUUGGUCUCGAUGCGUGCAGAGCUUGUGCCGCAUUUUUCCGAAGAACUGUGGCUCUGGGAAAAAAAUUCGAAUGUCGACAGCAAGGAGCUUGUAAAAUUAAUACAAUCAUUCGUUCAAUAUGUAAAAGUUGCCGUUUGAACAAAUGCCUAAACUUGGGAAUGAAAAGAAGUUGUGUUCAACCAAGAAGAGAUAAACCUCAAAAAGAAGAAAAACUAAUUUUACCGUCCAUGAAUGUUAGUCCAGCUGAUAUUGAAGUCUCAUGCAUUGAAGUUCCGAUAGCUGUUGAAGCUAUGCCCAUUCUUCAGAAAAUGCUGGCGAAUUACGAAAAAUUGAAAAAUUCGAGAAAUAUCAUCCAUAGAAGAGAAGGUGAUAAUAUAUUUGAGAAACGAACUCCGAGAUCUUUGAAAUUUCGAGAAACAUUGGAAAUAUUAUCAAAUGAAAUGUCACUGGUUGCUGAUUGGAUUGGAUGGUGCUUCAAUGAAUUUGAAUUUCUUCCAACUGAUCAGAAAUCAAUUCUUUUCUCAAACUUUUCUGUCAAUUUUAUUGUUUUGGAAAGAGCAUUUUUGACAAGUAAACACAAUAACCUAAACCAAUGGGUUUUGCAAUCGGGUGAUUAUAUACAAAUUGACAACCUUGAAGAAUUUUUCACAGAUGAACAACUAAAAAUUGAUGGUACAAAACUUGCCAAACUUUUCAAGCCAUCACUAGAGCAAAAUGAUAACUUUCAUAAACUUUUGAAGUCAGAAAAAAUUGAAAUGUACGAUUUUCUGGUUUUUGUUGUUUUAUUAUUCUGGGAUCAUGGAAUUGUUGGACAAACAGAAGAGUGCCGAGAAAUAUCCAAAAAGAUGAAAUCAAAUGUUACAAAUGAAUACAUUUAUUAUUUGAAGUAUAUUCAAAAAAAUGAGAACCCAGUAUGUCAGUUGACAAUGCUUGUGUCGAUAUUAACAUGCUUGCAGAGAAUCGUCUGUCGAUUACGAGAAGAUAUGUCACUCGCUCAUGUUUUUGAUGGUUAUACGCUUCCACCUAAUCUUUAUAAUAUUAUUAUCGGGAGGUAUAUAUGAUUGAUUCUUUGAGUAUUAAUACAAUAAAAAAUAGCUUUACAAU